UAUUACUGAAAAUGUGUAAUUGUGUAAGUUGUAACAAGUCAACAAUAUUUAUUGUGAGCAAUUCAUGUAUCACACUAACACGAUAUUAUAUAAGUUGUAAGUUGUUUCUUUCCCUCAAGCCCUCAGCUUAUUGACAAAUGACAAUAGAGAGGCUUGGAACUUUGAAGCACGGUCAAAGUUUGGUAGAGAAGGCGUGAUCUUUAGGUGCCAAGAUUUUCACGGUUUCAGUAGCACUGGUUAAUGACCCACUAGAACCCUAAUUUUGGAAAACAAAAUUCCCAAAUCAGAUCACCGUUGAAGCUCCCGGACGGCUGAAAUGUACGGCUCGGCUACCGCGGCGGACGAUUUGGAGCGUACUGAGUUCCGGAAAGCGGAGAAGAAAUACAAACUCUAUUACGAUAACAAGAAAAGGAAGAAGCAACCAAGACCGGUUGAUUUGUCAGAGGUUAUCGACUUUAGGUCAAUUUUGGAGUCGUAUAAACGAGGCGGUGGACUUCCAGAUGGAGUUUUUGCGGUUAACUCUGAUUUCCAAGGACAUGUUUUCGGUUUAGAAAGUAGACCUGGAUUUUAUUUCAUUCCCGGAGUUUUAAGUCUUGAUGAGCAAUGCCAGUGGAUCAGAGAGAGUUUAGAAAGUUUUCCUCAACCUCCAAAUAGAACAAAUCAUAAUGCAGUUUAUGGCCCCAUAGAGAACUUGUUUGAUGCUGCCAAAGAUAGCAAAGUCUUUGUUCAAGAUGAGCCCUUGUCUGGUGAGGUGCUUUUUGAUGGUGAUUUGGUUCGUGGAGAACAUUUUGUUCCUCGGUGGAGAUUUUCUUCUGUAGUCGAUAAAUCAUGCAAGGGAGACUCGUGCAAGCCGGUAUUAGCCUCUGUUUUGCUGCGUAAGUUACGAUGGAGCACUCUUGGCCUGCAAUUUGAUUGGUCUAAGAGGAGCUACAAUAUUUCCCUACCUCAUAACAAGAUCCCCGAUGCACUCUGUUGCCUUGCCAAAAGGCUGGCUGCGCCUGCAAUGCUUCCUGGUGAAGAAUUCCAGCCUGAAGCUGCAAUUGUGAACUACUUUUCCCUAGGAGAUAUGCUAGGCGGGCACCUUGAUGAUAUGGAAAAAGAUUGGAGUAAACCUAUAGUGAGCAUAAGUUUGGGCUGCAAGGCGAUUUUCCUGCUUGGGGGAAAGUCUAGAGAAGAUCCACCUCUUGCAAUGUUCCUUCGAAGUGGUGAUGUUGUACUAAUGGCUCGAGAAGCAAGGGAAUGCUUUCACGGUAAUAGAAAUCUGUUGUAUACGGAAUCCACUUUCUUCUUGUUGUCAUGUGAAUCAAUGUGACAGAUCGUAUAGGAUGUAGUUGUGCUCAUAGUAUUUAUCUCAUCAUUGUAGCAUUUCUGGAAUUCUUGUUUUGUUGAUGUUGCUUGUUCUGCAGGUGUUCCUCGGAUAUUCACUGACAAAGAAAACGCUGAGAUAGCCGAUUUGGAACUACAGUUCUCCAAAGAAGAAUGUCUUCCAUUUCUGGAUUACAUUCAGUCAUCCAGGAUCAACAUAAAUAUCAGACAAGUGUUUUGAUUGUGCCCGAUUAGAAUUGUUCAUCUUGUCAUGCUAUUCAAUGAAAUUUUGAAUCCUUUUUCCAUUAAAUGGAAUGAAAAAUGUUAUUCCAUGAAAUUUUGAAUCCUCUUUCCAUCAAGGAAUGAAAAAAUCUUAUAUUCUCAAUAUUGUAUUGUCGAAACUACAUUCCUUCAUAGCUUCAAUCUUCUCUGUUGCCUCGCUGGCGGGGGAUGUGGGG